AUGUUGAUUGGAAAACAGCAUCUUUUAUUCAGUGACCUUUGUCAACUAAUUUACCUAGCAUAUAUUAAUCAAGCCAGUUCCAUUAUUAUAUUAUCUUUGAUAACUGUACUUUAUGCUAGCAGCAUCAUUUUUGAGAUUUUAUCUGUAAUACUCAAAAAUGAACGCAGAAAUCAAAUAAUCCAUCAAAUUGGAUACUCUAUUAAAAUGAUUUCCUUCUGGUUUGCAUAUUAAGCAAAAUAAGAAUACAUUCUUUGCUCUUUAUUAUAAACCCAAAUAUUAUUUAAUAAUACCGACUUAAAAUAGAAGCCUUAAUAUCCUAUUCUAAUUUUGAGUUAAAUGUCUCUAUUCAUUUUUGAUUUUAAAUAAAUUGUGCUUGAUUAUGAGUAGAUAAUUAUAAUUAUUGUUUAAUUAGCUAUUUUUAGUUUAUGGUUAUAUAGAGAUAGAUGCAUAAAAUAGCGAGAUAGCAUUGAAUUUCGUGAGCAAUAGAAUUAAUAACAAUGUACAAUUGAUAUAUAAGUCAAUACUCUUAAAUAGCAAUAGAAUCUUAUUUAAACAAAUUCAACGAAGAGAUUAAAUACGACAUAAAAUUCAUUAUUAUUUAAUGAUUAAUUUGAACUCUUAGAAACACAAAUUAAUUUUGCAGAAUUGCUAACUCAUCAAAAUUAAUAUAAUUAAGCAUUUGAAAUACUUUUAAAUUUAAAUUUUAAUUAUAUUUAAGAAACCGCACUAAAAUAAUGUGAACUUAGAAUAAUAGUAUUAGAAAUGCAAAUUGAUGAACAACUCCUCUUAACAAUAGAUAAGAAUGAGUAUUUCAAAUAUGAAAAUUAUGCCAUGCUUAUAAAUUGUAUUGAAAUAAAUGAAGUUAGGUGUUUUUAAAUUCAAUUUUUUCCUCUACCCUUAAAAACGAAUAAUAAUAAAGAAACAGAUGAAUCAAUGGAAAUAGAUAUGUGCAGAUCAUUAUCUCAUGAAUUGGGAACCAAUUUAAAUAGCAUAGUAACAUUUACAAAAAUGGCAUUAAAGGAUGACAACGUCGAUUCCCUUCUUAAAAGUAAAUAUUUGGAACCGAUAAGAAUUAAUAGUGAAUAGCUUAAUCUAAUCGUAGGAACGAUUAGAGACUAUAAUUUAAUAAAUUUAAAGCAAUUCAGUUUGAAAUUAGAAGAAUUGGAUUUAGAAUCAGAAAUUCGAUUUAUUGUUUCCUUAUUAAAUGAGAGCAUUGAAAAUAAGAACAUUAAAAUAGAUUAUCAUUUUGAUUUACAAUCGAAUGUAUUGGUAAACGACAAAAUACGGUUUAGAUAGGUUUUAUUUCAAUUGAUGUAAAACGCAGUGAAAUAUACAUUUGAAAGCUCAAUCACUAUUACAAUCUUGAAUGAUAUUUUGGAGUGUUUUAUCUCAAUUGCAGACAAUGGAAUUGGAAUGACUGAAUAAGAAGCAGAAAAUAUGAAUUCAUUGUUGCAAUCUAAUAAAUUCGUAAAAGUGUCCGAAUAAUCAGUAGGAGUUGGGCUAGGACUAGGAAUAUCAAAUUAACUAGUUAAACAAAUGAGCGGAAAGAAUAAUUCCAUUUAGCUUAGUCGAAACAAGGAGAGAGGAUGUUAGUUUAGCUUCUUUAUAAAGAAUCAUCAAUUAGAGAUAUCAAAAGAAUUUAUGAGAAAGUAGUCUUCAGGAUUCAUUAAAAAAAGUAGUUAAACGAUUCGAUUUAUAUCAGCCAACACAUAUAUCGAAGAUUAAGUAAAAGGACAAUCUAUUUAAAAAAUUCAAAUAUAAAAGAGUCAAAUUUAAACCAACACAAACUCAUAAUAAUAAUUCAAAAUUCCAUCCACUAACAGAAUCAAUUUCUAUCAAGAAAGCAAAAAUUAGAGUGAAGAAGAUAGUCUAUCAUCGAUUCAUCCUCCUAUUUUAAGUCCAAAAUUUUAGUAGUCUAUUGUACAAUGCAGUCUUAACAGUGAUUGUUGUUCAAGAGUUUUAAUUGUAGAUGACGAGUACUUUAAUAUACAAUGUCUGAAAUUGCUGAUGACCAAAUAUUAAUCUAAAUGUGAUUCUGCUUAUAAUGGCAAAGAAGCUAUAUAACUUGUAAAUCACAAAAAGCAUAAUCCUUGCAAGAAGUGCGGGAAUCGAUAUUACAGUUUGAUUUUCUUGGAUAUUAAUAUGCCAAUUUUAGAUGGUUACAAAACAGUUAAAGAAUUGAAACAUUUAAUGAAAUAACAAAUUAUCAAUAAGGCUUGGUGUAUUGCUAAUACAGGAUUCUGUGAUUUAGACACAAAACUGAAGAGCUAUGAGGCAGGAAUGGAUUAUUACUUAACUAAGCCUUUGGAUUAAAACGAACUUAGAGGCAUUUUGAAUGUAUUAUUUCCUAUUAACGAUUACUGA